GCGGAAACAGUUUAGAGAUCAGAUAUCAGACUUAACGUCUGAGUGGAGUUACACUUGGCUUGCUAUACUUAGCGCUAUGGCUGACGAGGUAGCCAAGGCGCAAACUGCACAACCCGGAGGAGAUACAAUUUUCGGCAAAAUAAUUCGCAAGGAGAUUCCCGCAAAUAUAAUAUACGAAGAUGACCAGUGCAUAGUCUUCCAUGAUGUGGCACCGCAGGCUCCAACUCAUUUUUUGGUAGUCCCCAGAAAACCCAUACCUCAGAUUUCGAAAGCUGAGGACAGUGAUGCAGCACUUCUUGGACAUUUGAUGCUUGUUGGCAAGAAGUGUGCUGAGCAGGUGGGAUUACCCGAUGGCUACCGCAUGGUGGUGAAUGAAGGCCCUCAUGGUGGUCAGUCUGUCUACCAUGUCCACCUUCAUGUUCUGGGUGGUCGUCAGCUGGGCUGGCCUCCAGGCUAAGUGCCUCAAACUUGAUCUCAACAUAAAGCAGCGUUAUUAAUUUCAGCAGUACCCAGAGAAUUGUUAUGUUUGUUUAUAUCACCAUGCCAAGUUCUGUCAUGCUAAUUUAAUCAGUGAGAAUGUAACAGAAAAAACAAUAAAUUCACUUACCAACUGUCA